AUGUCUAAUAUUACAGAAUAUAAUCUCUCUAAUUUUCUGACAAUUGAUGUAAUAAAAGAAUGGAAUCAAAAUAACGUUAAAGAAUUUUUACAAAGAAUUAGAACUGAUUUAGAGCUUGAAGCAAAUGAUAUCUAUGAAUACCUAUUUAAAUUGCUAUUUGGACCUGCUUCAGCAAUUGCAGAUGUAACCAUUUUCUUUGCGAAAUUUUAUACUCAGA